AUACUUAAAUAACGUUUCAGGAUCUUUAAACAUGAUUGCUAAAAAUAAAAAUGGCGAGUUCAGUAGAUCUGAAAACUCUCAGAAUUUACUUGAAGGCUAUAAAAUAAUUCAUCGAUCAAUUGUUGAACGAUUGGAAUACUUUAUUAGUAGCCAAUGUUCAGUUGUAUCGUUUGAAAAUGAUUUCAUAUCAUACACCUAUUUUAAGAUACCGUAUAGUUACAAUCCUAAUAACUUACUUAAUGAUUUGGAACACCUAAAAAACUACAUAUUUAUUGUUAUGAGAGAAUAUUUAUUAUGGUAUGACAUGAACUAUGAUGAAAUGUUAAAAAGUUACAAUGACAUUGUAAAACAUUUAGCGUUGUCUUUUCGUAGGAAAUCAUAUAGUGUUUUUAAUCCUAAAUAUUUCUUAUUUUAUGAUUUAAUGGAAACUCGAUCUAAUUUAUGCGAGCUAGAAUUAUCAUCAGGUUCUCAAGCAAAACAAUAUGCUAGAUAUAAGAGUGACAAACAACUAGUUGAUAUUUUAGAUAUGGUUCGAUAUGCCCCGUUGAAAAAAAGGAGUACUAAUAAUUAUAAAAUAAAUUUAUUUGAUGUGUUUCGUUUCAUCAAGUUUGAUUUUGAUUUGCAAAAUGUACAAGCAUUUAAAUUUUUAGUAAAUACUGCAACGGUUCGUCCAGUUAUGUUGAUCGUCCUCGUUUAUUAUUCGUUAGUUAGAAAAUACCUUUCAAUUCGUAAUUUUAUUUUUAAUGAAUUAAGAAAUGAUGUGAAAGACAAAAUCAUUGAAAUGGGUCAACAUAUUAUUGAAAUUAUGAAAUCAUUUAUGGAUUUGAAUUUAUUUGGAGAAGAAUUUACAAAUUACAUUGCGUGUAAUUUUAAUAAAACAUACGAACUUAUUUUAUCUUUCAAAGAAUGCAAUGAUUUGUUCUUAAAUAAUGAAAUGUAUGUUAAUGCACUAUUUUACAAAUCGUACAUAAAAAGAAAUUAUUUCAAUGUUUUUAGUGAAUUACUGUUAGGAUAUGACACAGAAGAUAUUAGGCAGUUUUAUAAUUUAGCUCAUGACAAAAUAAAUAAAAUCGCAUCAUUCGUUUCAGAAAUAAAAAAAUAUCAGUAUUGUUUUGAAAUAUCAAAUAAAGUUGUUCAUAAAACAUUAGUAGGUUGGCAUUUAAUUAGAAAAACUUUAAAGCAAAAUAUUCCUUACGCUUCUAUCCCAAUUAAUUCGGGUUGACUCUACCUUAUUGAUUUGACAGAAUGUGAAAAGUAUGUGUCAAUGUUUAAGUUCCUAUAUGAUUACCCAUCUAGGAACUAAUAGCAAACUGUGCGGCUAAACAUCAAAAUUUAUUGUAAGAAUUUAAAUGGUUUUAGUACUAUGCUUGGUAAUUUACGUAAUUCGAUUUAUAGGCUAUAAACUUUUUAGAUUCAGUGACCAUAUCUAACUUUUAAAUAAAUAUACUUUAAUGAAAAAUAUAAUAAUAUGAUAUGAGAAAUAAAAAUAAUUUGAGAUAACCGAUUAGUACACCGACACUCUAAUUAUAUUCAAUUUAUAACCCAACCCAGCACAGCGGGGACGUAGCAUAGUUGGGUCAAGUAUAAUGAUAUCUGACAGUGAUUAAAAUGUACUAUAGUUAAUUAUUGUCUAUAUUUUUAGACAAUUGUCAUUAGGUAUUAGAUCAGGACAUAGCCUAGUCGGAUCUGUCCUAUUUUCACAUAUGAUUUCGUCCUCAGAUGUGUUGUUAAAUUUCAUUAUAUCUAGAUAUUUUUGGUUAUUUUUAAUAAAUUAAAAAAAGUGAAUAUUUUAAUUGUAGAAACUUUUUAACACAAGAGUUACAUAGAAAUUAGUAGUGUGAUUAAAAAUUAUUUAUUAGGGGAAAAAAAUA